AAAUCCCAAAGUCAUUGUUGGAGUUGUGGAAAGACUGCAGCCUCAUGGCCCUUCCUAGUAUGUGAGGCUUGCCGAAGUGUGCAACCCAUGGACCCCUUUGUGGACUACUUCCAAAUAUUUGAUCUAGACAGGACAUAUGAGAUAAAGGACAAUAAUCUAGAAGGAAAGUACAAAGAUUGGCAGAAGAAGCUACAUCCUAAUUUAGUUCAUUCAAAAUAUGAGCAAAAAGAAAAGGCUUUUGCUGUAGAGCAAUCUGCUCAUGUUAUUGAUGCAUACCGUACACUUAGUAAACCACUAUCAAGGGCGUUGUAUCUGGUAAUCCUUGAAGGUAUGCAUGUUGAUGAAGAGAAAACAUUGAUAGAUCCAAAUGUACUCACUGAGAUGAUGGAAAUAAGAGAAGCUAUUGAAGAAGCCAGUGAUUCUGACACCUUGAAACAAAUCCAAUCACAGGUUCAAUCAGUGUAA